AUGGAUAUCGGUGGUUUGGAGACGGUGGUGGCAAACUCUGCCUAUGUUUCAGCCCGUGGAAGUGUGGAUGGAGCUGCAGCAGCCUCCAUGCGUGACAAGAAGAUGCGCGCCAGGCUGAAGCUCCCACACAUCAGAGAUUGUGAACACAUGAAAACAUCUAUUGACACAACCUUUGACAGCAUGUGUAUCAAACAACCCAUUGGUAAGCGCCUCUUCCAACAGUUUCUAGAAAGUGACGCAACCCAUAAAAAUGCUGGAGAGCUGUGGAAAGAUAUUGAAGACUACAACAUAAGCCAAGAGAAGGAGAGAGCACAAAAGGCCCAGAGAAUUGUCAAUAAGUACUAUAAGUCAGCUUCAAAGAAUUUUUGCAGCUUCCUGGAGGAGAAGGCAGUCACUCGGGUGGUUGAAGACUUCAAGAACGUGCGUGGCGACCUGUUUAAAGAGAGCGAGCAGCAGUUGCUCAAACACCUGGAGAAGAACGCCAAAGAUGGCUUCAAGAACAGCAUGUACUUCCUGCGUUUUGUUCAGUUCAAAUGGCUGGAGAGCCAGCCCUUUGAUGAGGAGUGGUUCAUGGACUUUAGGGUCCUGGGUAAAGGAGGUUUUGGGGAAGUGUUUGCCUGUCAGUCUAAGGCAACGGGCAAAAUGUACGCCAACAAGAAGCUGGAUAAAAAGAGGCUGAAGAAACGCAAAGGCUACGAGGGAGCAAUUGUGGAGAAGCGCAUCCUUGCAAAAGUUCACAGCCGUUUCAUUGUGUCGCUGGCCUACGCCUUCCAGACCAAGACUGACCUCUGCCUAGUUAUGACCAUCAUGAAUGGCGGAGACCUCAGGUUUCAUAUGUAUAAUGUGGAUGAAAAGAAUCCUGGCUUUAAUGAGCCAAGAGCAUGUUUCUACACAGCCCAGGUCAUCUGUGGGUUGGAGCAUCUUCACCAGCACAGGAUUGUCUACAGAGACCUGAAACCAGAGAACGUACUUCUGGAUGAUGCAGGACACGUCCGGUUGUCAGAUUUGGGUCUGGCUGUUGAACUUCCACCAGGACAAGACAAAACUACUGGAUAUGCAGGAACUCCGGGUUUCAUGGCUCCAGAGCUGCUACAAAAGAAGAUGUAUGACUACACAGUGGACUAUUUCACACUGGGAGUCACUCUCUAUGAGAUGAUUGCUGCCAAAGGUCCCUUUAGAGUACGAGGAGAGAAGGUUGAGAAUGAUGAGGUAGCUCGCAGAAUCCUGAACGAUCCUGUGUCAUAUACACCAGCUUUCAGCAAAGACUGCAAGGCCAUCUGUGAAGGCCUGAUGAACAAAGACCCAGAGAAACGCCUUGGGUUCAAAGAUGGUUAUUGCGAUGAGCUCAAGAAUCAGCCCUUCUUCAAAGAGAUUAACUGGGGCCGUCUGGAAGCAGGUAUGCUGCCUCCACCAUUUGUACCGAGUCCUACAAUGGUCUACGCCAAAGAUAUCGACGAUGUGGGCGCCUUCAGCACAAUCAAAGGUGUGGUCCUGGAUAACAAGGACACUGAGUUCUACCAUGAUUUUGCUUCUGGCAACGUCCCAAUCCCCUGGCAGGAGGAGUUAAUCGAGACAGGUGUGUUCGGUGAGAUGAAUGUCUGGGGAGAGAAUGGCAAGCUGCCCAAUGACCUCGACCCAAACUACGUUGAAGCCAAAGGUGGAGGAUGUGUGCUGCUUUGA